AUUGUGUAAAUGUGUUUCGCCAAUGUGAAAUGAGAAUGUAUUUGUAAUUAAAUGGCGAUUCGUUGAUAGAUUGUGUUUCAACAAAAUAUUUCAUGAAGUUAACGAUUAGUUGCCUUAAAUAAAAUUCACAAAAAUAUUCCUUUAUAAUGCGUUCUGUGAUAGAAAUUGCAGCAAGUGUCCCAGCGUUUCUGGGAAAACUGUGGAAGUUAGUAAACGAUACAGAGACGAACCACCUGAUAUCAUGGAGCCCUGGAGGCAAAACUUUUGUUAUAAAGAACCAGGCUGACUUUGCAAGAGAAUUGCUACCUCUUUACUAUAAACACAACAAUAUGGCAAGUUUCAUACGGCAAUUAAAUAUGUAUGGCUUUCACAAAAUAACAUCAGUCGAAAACGGAGGUCUACGAUAUGACAAGGAUGAUAUAGAGUUCUCACAUCCAUGUUUUAUGAGAGGUCACGCAUAUUUGUUGGAGCAUAUAAAAAGAAAAAUUGCCAAUCCAAAGUCAAUUGUAGCAAGUAAUGAAAGCGGAGAAAAGAUUUUAUUAAAACCUGAGCUAAUGAAUAAAGUAUUAGCUGAUGUCAAACAAAUGAAAGGCAAACAAGAGAGCUUAGAUGCUAAGUUUAGUGCCAUGAAACAAGAGAAUGAAGCCCUAUGGAGGGAAGUGGCGAUUUUACGCCAAAAACAUAUCAAACAGCAGCAGAUUGUAAACAAUCUCAUACAAUUCCUUAUGUCGCUCGUCCAACCGGCCAGGGCAUCUAAUGCUAGUAGUAACAAUGUUGGUGUGAAGAGACCAUAUCAACUUAUGAUAAAUAAUGCAGCACACAACUCCGGGGAUAGCUACCCGGGUAAAAUAAAAAACAUGAAGUUUGACAAGGAUGCUUUAGAAGAACUAACUGAGGACAAUAUGGAGGACGGGCCAACUAUACAUGAGCUGGCACAUGAUGACCUCUUGCAUAAUGAGAAUUCUCAAGAGUCGAUGGAUCCAGCACAAUUUGUGACCAUCAAUAUAGAUGCGAAUUCUCCUAAUUUGCAAAACUCAUCUGAUCCCAGCUCCUUACAGUACCAUGUUACACUCGAGGACGGAGAAGACAUAGAUACAGAUGGUACAAGAUUGACAUUCACACUUGCUCCUUCCAAUGGCUUAUUAAGGACGUCCGAUUCUCAACCGGUAGUAACAUCCCCAUCACCUACCAUGGUGUCACCUACAUCUCCACUCGCCCGACAAACGACAAUGGAAAAAACUGUAACUGCAUCGCCAGGAACAUCCAAACCAAAAACAAAGCCCUACGUCAAGAAAACCACAACAAAUGCUAGUAGCUUUCAGAAUGUUAAUAAUUAUAAUACAAUUAAGCCUGCCGAUUUUGGAUUGCCCGCGGAAAUCUUUGCAAGCGAUGAUUCUGUUAGCGAUGCCGGCACCACUACAGAAGAUAUCAAUUUACUACAGGAAAAUUUACUUGGAGGUGAACAAAUUACAUCCACAUCUAAAGACCAAAUGUUGGGUGGAAUCAAUAUUAAACUGGAGAAUCCAGCUGAAGCUGUAAAACCUGUAAAGAAAUCAAAGAAAUCAAAAGAUAAUAAGAAUGUGUGCAAUGUUAACCUAGCUGACAUUAAAACUGAAUUGCAAGAUGAUUUUGACUGGAACAACAUGACUCUAGCGACGGUAAACAAUAACCAAAAUGUGAACCGGUUGCAGACUAUGUAUAGGAGAGAUACAAUGAAUCAAAAACGGGAUGAUUUUGCUUCCCUCUAUGGACUUAAUUCAAACAACAAGACGAAUGACAUUGAUGAUCAUCUAGACACAAUGCAGACAGACUUGGAUUCUUUAAGAGAGUUGCUACGGAGUGACUCAUACUCAUUGGAUACAAACACAUUACUAGGACAGAGUAAAAAUGAAGACUGGAUGCAAACCAGGGAGUUUUUUAAGCUAUUCGGAUCGGACGAUCCUUUCUAUGGCCUCUCAUACAAUCCUACGGAAGAAAGGACGAAAACGCCUAACAAUGAUACAACAAAACAGAUACCGAUGAUUGAUUUUGAUUGGCUGAUUGGUAGCAGCGAUACAUCGACAACCAAGUAGCUUGUAGCUACUUCCAACGCCCAAGAUUUUUCAUCCAUCAACGCAUCCGCAACGUAAAAAUGGCGGAUUAUUUUGGGUUCAUUAUGGUCGUAUCAGAUACGAUUUUCUAGCUAUAAGACGUAAUUUUUAAUUGAUUUAAUGCAUUAGAAUUAUUAGAUAAUAAUAUUGUAACACUGAAGCUGCAUUCAGUCGUACGAGGAUGAAUUUUAAAUUUCGAAUAAUUUUAAAAUUUAAAAUUAUAAUGUUGGCUGUUAAAUUUGCAAAUUAUUCCAAGUUUGAAUUUGAUUUUGAUCGAUCGAACGCAACUUGAGGGUUCGAUACGACUUUAAUGAUAAUUUUAAGGGUAAGUGUGGGUAGACUAAAAUUAGGCAUAAAGCGUAGGGUACACGGACGAGUAUGAAUAAAACGUGAUUUAUUGUUAAUUAAAGCGAGGAAGAAGGGUGGGAUAUCCGAUGUAAGCGGUGACGACACUCGAGACCAGAACACAUUUGUUGAGGACGAUGGUAGAGUUUCUUGAGUAU